AUGGACCCGCUGCUCGCCAACGCCAAGACGGUCGGCGACGCGCUGGUCGUCCCCCUCCCCAGCCUUCUCGCCGAGCAGCCCACCUCCCUCACGGUGAACCUGGGCUUCCGCGUCGCGCUGGGCAUCAUCGCCGACCUCGUCUGCAUCGUGCCCCUGUGGAUGCUCAUCCGCAACGGCGAAUUUGCCGCCUCGCUAUUCGUCUUCAACGUCGUCCUCUACAACAUCGACACCGUCGUCAACUCCCUCAUCUGGCGCGACAACGACACCGUCUCCUGGUGGCCGGGUAUCGGCUUCUGCGACUUCGACAACUACUUCCGCAAUGGCUCCAAGGCCCUGUUUCUUACGUGCUUGCUCGCCAUUAUGCGCAACCUCGCCGUACAGGUUGGCGAGCUGCGAGCGCACCCGCUCUCCGUCAAGGAGAGGCGCCGGCGAAACCUAGUCCAGGCCCUCAUCAUCUUUCCAUGGCCUCUGUCGCUCAUUGCAUGGACGUACCCGCUCUCGGCGCACAGAUAUGUUAUCGGCACACUGAGCGGCUGCGACUGGUCUGUCUGGCCGGCCUGGCCUUUUCUCAUCUUCUUCGUCAUACCCCCCAUCAUAGUGGGCGGCCUGACUCUGGUGUACUCGGUUCUCAUCUUCUACCGCUACCGUCAGCUGGCCAAAGCCAAUGACCCGGCUCUCUCAACCAACAGCACCAUCCACCGCCGCAGUCUCCGUACCCGCCGGCGACUCUAUCUCAUGGUUCUCUCCAUCAUUCUGCCCUUCUACCCAAUCGUCGUCCUGCUCGCCGUGCUCAACAUCAUCUACAUGCACGGCCUGAAGCCGUUCGACUACGACUUGAUCCACGACCCACCCGGGCCCUUCCCCUGGAACACCAUCUUCAUGUUCCCAUCCGACCAGGUCGGCUGGGCGUACCGGAACACACAGUACAUCGCCAUUCUGACUGCCGUACCCAUCUUUGGAUUCUUCGGUACGACCAGGGAUGCCAUGAACAUCUACAGGAAGGGCUUUCUGUUGCUCGGGCUCGGCCACAUCUUCCCCAGCCUCAGGGAAGUCUACGAUCCAGACAAGGACAAGUCGGGAAGUGGCUCGUACGGCUCAACUGUGACAGCCACCAUGAGAGGUUCUUCCGCCCGCAAGGGCUCGACGGCCUAUUCGCACGCACUCAAGAGCAUCAACUCCAGCUCCAGUGCCAGUGGUACACGUCGCGGCUCAGUGACGCCGGGUCAGGAACCCAUCGUUGUCAACGAUGUCGACCUCGAGCGCGGACAGGAGCCGGUAAUGCAGCGACCGCAGUCCGUGGAGGCAAGAGCGGGCGCAAACGAGACGGUCCCGGAUCCCAUCCACCGAAACCCUUUUCCCUUCCGGACGCACUUCAACCUGCACCUGCCCCGCUUCGGCAGGUCAACGGGUGAGGAACACGCGCCGGCCACCGGGGUAGAAGAGGUUCGCCCCGUCAGCUACGCCUCUCAAGCGAGCGACGCAUCCCAUACGCGCACCUCGGGAUCUCACGACGACGAGGCCCGCCUCAACACGGGCUGGGCAGCAGACGAGCGGUCGAGGGGCCAGCGCGCGUAG